CCACGAAACUCUGCUCACUUCAACCUUCCAUUAGAUCGGUCUCUCUUCACCAGGCCAAGCGACCCGGUCCAGAUUUCGGUCAUUGAUCCGACGAAAACUUAAAUCUUUAAAUUUAAAUUGUAAUUCUCUACUAUCCAGUUUACUCUGUAUCAAUUCAUUGUCGAACACAAUUCGUCAGCGGAGAAAAGAAAGGGCACGGUGCAGAACUCGGACACGGAGCCGGGUUGGAUCUGGUGUAAGUGGAUUUGAGUUAAGUGGAGAGGGGGGAAAACCCAGCUAAAAAAAGAGCGUGUAGUGAACGCGCACCGCGACUCCAGGUUCCAUCUUAAAGACGCGCAGAGAACCCACAUCUUUUUGGCAGGGCGUACCCGUGAUACAGCACAGUCAAUUUUCUCCUCCCAAAUCUCUAAAUCUCAAAUCUCAAAUCUCUUAACCCCCUUCCUUAUCCGAUUCGACUUUUAUCUUUCACCACACAUUCAUUCCAUCAUCCAUCAUUACAGUCCCGCUAUCUCAUUUCUCUUGCCAUGCAUUCUUGACCUUUCAUCAUGACAUCCUCACCCGUCAAGAUUAUGGAUCGAGCGGAUAGAGCCACAGCAGAGGAGCCCACGCUCCCCCCUGCGUCUGCCUCUAUCUCGCCCAGCAAGAAACGUCCUGCACCUUCUUUGCUCCCCCCAUUCGAGCCCCUCUCGUCUUCGCCUGGCUUCCCAAGGCCUAUGAAGAGACUAGCUCGGGAUAAGCUCGUCGACUCGAACCCCUUCUUCAAAUAUCCCACGCCAAUUCCAACCUCCAGUACCGGCAUACUCUCAUCAUCUCCCCCACGCGUAUCAUCUUCCAGACCUGGACUUGAGCGUGCGGAAUCCGCAUCAGAACGAACACCACUGUCCGCUGUACGAUCUAUCGAACUUAACGAGAAUGGAGAUACGCUUCUGAUGGGCCGGUCGAGUAAUUCUUCCCACUACCAAUUGUCGGCCAAUCGUCUCAUAUCCCGUAUCCAUGUCAAGGCACGAUAUGUCCCGGCUGUAGACCCCUUAGAGCCAAAUAGGGUGGAGAUCAUUUGCAAUGGCUGGAAUGGAAUAAAACUUCAUUGUCAGGGGCGAACUUGGGAGUUGGGGAAAGGGGACACCUUUACCUCUGAAACUGAAAACGCUGAAAUUAUGUUGGAUGUACAGGACGCGAGGGUUAUGUUGCAUUGGCCUAAGAAGAAUCGGCAUGAACCCGUCGCAGCCUUAUCAGACUCAUCUUGGGAGGAGUCGCCAUGUUCUAGACAUCGUCGUAAUGACUCAAGUUCGGACUUCCUGCAGUCGAGUCCCCUUCGACGACAGACGCGUAUCAGAUCCCCUGAAUCGCCUUCUCCACAUAAUUCUUCUAGCAACUUAGACACGCUGCUCCUAGCUGAGGAUGCAAGCGAGCCUGUCCAGAUAUAUGAGGAUGCGAGUUCAGAUGAGCAAGAGCUCCCUAAGCAGGUAUCCGAUGUGGAUGCGUCGUUUGCCCAGACAGAAGUUACCAACAGUUUCUCUAGUGAUCUUAGUGAUCCUGAUGAUGAUGACCCUGAUGAGGAGAAUGAUCCUAUUGUGCACUCCUUUGGUCCGUUUGGAGCUAACCUCUCCAAUCGUCUGGCUGCCUUCACGGCAGAAUCGCCAAAACAGUCGUCCCAUGUUUUAUCAGGUGAUACAACAGCCAAGCCGUCAACGGAGCCGGAAGAGAAAGCAGUCGUUAGCAGUCGUGUUAACGUAGGAAUUGUCAAGAAUCACGUCGUCAACCAGUUGGCCUAUUCUCGACUGUCAUCCACUCCCUUGUCCACUAUACUAAGUCUCCUUCCCGCUGAAGAGAAAAGAGACCUGACCAAGGCUGCACUGCGUGAAAUCAUCGAGUCAACGCCUUGCAUUGGCGUUAUUCCCCGCCAUGGAAAGGACGCGGCCGGCCAGCCGCUCGAGAGCCAAUAUUACUAUGACCCCGACCAUGAUGAUGACGAUUCGCGACGGAUUGCCGUGACCCAAGGCUUGCGAAAGCCAGGUUUGAGAGGUUGCCGGAAGCAGCACAAGCAAUACUAUUGGAAGCCGCCCAAGGCUUCCUAGACGCCCGAGCAGCAGGCUAUCUCGAUCUGUGCUCGGUUUCCCUGGGUUUAUCCAAAGCUUCAUAUCACUGAAGUGGGUCAUUUUCGUGGAUAAUACGGAACUUCGUGUUCUUUUUUCACUGUCUGUUAUUGGCGUUGGCAAUUGAGUCAGCAUCGUUGCCAUCCCCCCGUGCAUAGCUGGAGGCGUUGGAUGGCUCAUUUAUUAUGAUUUUUUGAUUGGAGUUCAGGACGUUUCGAUGAUAUCCCGCUACACUGGUUCACAGUGGUAUAUGAGGAAGAUGCGAUUAGGAAGACGUGACGAGUCACCGACGGCACCUCGCUGGUUAAGAUAUACGGUUGGGGGGGGGAGGGGAAGAGGUUUGAGAUUGCACAAGCUGCGGACACUCAUCACCUGUGUACAUAAGGAGGCAAUGGAGAAACGGUAUUUUGAUUUCUUUUCGAUUAGAUCUUCCCUGCUUGUAAAUAUCUCAACUAUGUACGGUAGUUGAGUGAGUGGCGUUUGCAAUGUUGUAUUAAUAAGUGGAAGUUUAACUUGUCUGGGUGAUGUACCUAGGUAGUGUAAAGUUUAGGUAAGCACUGUUCGAAACUAUGACGAUAAAUUUAACGGGGCUGAAAGGAUUGAUGAGGUCGACUUUGCACA